UAGGCAAGCUGCGUAACGACCGAUAGCUGUGCAGUUUGGUGACCCGAGUGUGUUUGGCUACCCUGUAGUGGGGCUAUCCUUGCACCCGAACGGGGGUUGAAGCUACGUGACAUUUCCACAACGACAACCAUCAACAUCAGAGCCUUGGAUCAACACAAGCACGCUUAGACGGCACUCACUGAUCGCCAAAAUGUCGGCCCUCUUCAACUUUCAAUCACUCUUGCUCGUGAUUCUCCUACUCAUCUGCACCAGCGCCUACGUGCACAGCUUCUUCCCAGGCAUCAUGGACCGCAACAAGGACGGCAUCACUGGCAUAUUCUGGAAAUGCGCACGGAUAGGGGAACGGCUGAGUCCAUAUAUCAGCAUAUGCUGCCUGCUUAUGGCCGGCUUCAUCUUGAUGCCCUCAAGCGCAUCAUGAUCGAUCUUGGGAUUGUAAAAGUGCCCGGCCAGAUACUGGUCGAUCAACAGGAUGUGAAUAAGUGGUUGCCACGCAAUCCAUGAAGCUCAACGGUAUACCCAACUCCGUUCGACUGGGUGCGUGCGUAUAGCUAGAGCUCUGCUUGCCCGAGUUCGACGCGGCGGGAUGCUUCAUGCGUACAUUCAGACCGGCGCACAGAUGGGAUCAUAAUCACUCCAGAACACGCCCAGCGCUGGAUCCGGAAGGGAGGACUGUCCAUCCUCCCAUGGAGACUUGGAGCCGGGAGUUUGAGGAGCACAAGGGCAGACGUUAGCUAUUUCCAUGGGAAGCAAAAAGCAGAUUGAAUACCAUUGUCAUUCUUGAAC